AUGGAUCUUACUCAAAAAGAAUGCGCCCUCAUCGAACUCGCAAGAAACACAAUCAAUUCAAUUCCCAAAUCAGACAACCACAGCGUCGCCAGCGCAGGCCUCUCUGAAAAUGGACAAAUCUUCACCGGUGUCAAUGUCUUCCACUUUACCGGUGGACCAUGUGCUGAGCUCGUCGUUCUCGGGGUUGCCGCCGGUUCAGGGGCUCAGAAACUCACGCAUAUCGUUGCAGUGGGCGAGGAUGGUCAAGAAGGAGCCAUCGUGAGUCCAUGCGGUCGCUGUCGACAGGUGCUGCGUGAUCUUCAUCCUAGUAUUAGGGUGGUUGUACAGGAGAAGGACGGAGGUACGGUGUCUGUACCUAUUGAUGAGUUGUUACCUUAUGCCUAUGAUCUUCGGGAAUGA